UUCUCAAUUCUCAAUGCAAUGGCAGCAGUUUGCUUUAUCUCUGUGUCCAAGAACAAGAGUAGUGAAAUGUUGUUGUCGUUUAUAACUCGUAUUGUCCUUCUUUCCAGCCUGAACUUAUUAUUGGGGUACUCCGAAUCUACCCUGGCGGCAACCUUUGGAAAUGACACUGAUCGGCUUGCAUUGAUCGAGUUCAAUAGACAAAUAAUUGAUCCUCUUGGAGUAUUGAGCUCCUGGAAUGAUUCAACCCAUCUCUGCCAAUGGUAUGGAGUCACCUGUGAUGAACGAAAUCAAAGAGUCACUAGUUUGAACCUGGAGGGGCACAAGUUGGCUGGAACCAUGUCACCCUACGUCGGAAAUCUCUCUUUCCUCGUUUUUAUCAAUCUCCAAAACAACAGCUUCCAUGGAAACAUCCCCCAAGAAGUUGGUCGACUGUUGAGCUUACAAGGUAUCCUUCUCAACAACAAUUCCUUUGGAGGUGAAAUUCCAGUUAACCUGUCUCGCUGCUCCAAUCUCAUGGACCUCAGGUUUGAGUUCAACAGCUUGGAAGGUAAAGUUCCAGCCGAGCUUGGCUCUUUGACGAAGCUCGUCACCCUCUCUUUACGUGGCAACGAUUUAACCGGAGGAAUACCAACCUCUAUUGGAAACCUUUCAUCCCUCCGGUUUCUUUCUCUGGCGAGAAAUAAUUUGAACGGUACCAUUCCAGAUGUCUUCGGCCAAAUGAAAAGCAUGCAACAUUUUGGUCUACAACUGAAUCAACUAUCCAGUACCAUCCCUUCUUCAAUUUACAACCUCUCAUCCAUCACUUACAUAGCUUUGACAAAUAACAAACUACAUGGUAGUCUUAGGCCCGAUAUAGGCCUUAUCUUUCCUAAUCUCCAAAUACUAUGGAUUGGAGGAAACCGAUUCACUGGACCAAUUCCGAUUUCCUUGGCCAAUGCUUCAGGGCUUAUAGAAAUUGACAUCCCUUACAACAAUUUUACUGGACCCGUACCUUUGAGCUUGGGCCACAUUAAGACUCUACAGUGGCUUAACCUUGCAAAUAAUCAUAUAGGGAGAGGAGAAGCUGAUGACUUGAAUUUCAUUGCAUCUUUGAUCAAUUGCAGCGAUCUGUGGACGUUGCGUCUUCAGAAUUGCAACUUCGGAGGAAUUUUACCCAACUCCAUAGCAAACCUCUCAACCCGUCUCACAUGGCUAUCACUUGGGUUCAAUAAGAUAGUUGGUAAAAUUCCCAUAGGCAUUGAGAAUCUAGAAAAUUUGAUUUUUCUAGAUAUGAGGCAAAAUUUCUUCAAGGGUAGCAUCCCAGAUUUCGUUGGAAAGCUUUCUGUGUUGGAAGGUUUAUUGUUGGAUGGAAAUAGAUUUUCAGGAGAGGUCCCAUCAUCCAUAGGUAACCUCACUAAAUUGGUAAAGCUGUAUUUGCAAAAUAACAACCUAGGGGGAAGGAUACCUUCAACUAUCAGUAGUUGUCAAGGUCUACAAGAGGUAAUCCUCAGUUAUAAUGAACUCAAUGACACCAUACCCAAAGAAGCAUUUGGCCUUUCGUCCCUCUCAGUUGUCCUCGACAUAUCUCAUAAUUCUUUGACUGGUACUCUACCAUUGGAAGUUGGAAAUUUGAAAAAUCUUGGCAGAUUGGAUGUUUCUUUUAACAGAUUGUCGGGUGAGAUUCCGAGCAUGCUCGGAGAUUGUUCCAGCUUGGAACACCUUUAUAUGCAGAGUAACUUCUUCCGAGGAUCCAUUCCAUCAUCUUUCAGCAACUUGAAAGCGAUUCAAGACUUAGAUCUUUCAAAUAAUAAUUUGUCUGGGCAAAUUCCUGAGUUUCUUGGGACCCUCCAGUUUCUGCUUUAUUUAAAUCUGUCUUUUAACAACCUUGAAGGUGAAGUACCUGUUGCAGGAGUCUUUGAGAAUGCUAGUGUUAUUUCAAUCUCUGGAAAUAGCAGACUAUGUGGGGGUAUCCCAGAAUUGGAGUUGCAGGCAUGCCUUAUGGAAGAGUCCAAGAAAAAAGGAACAUCUCUUGCUCUCAAGCUAAUACCAGCCAUAGUUGGUGUGGUUUUACUUUUAACAGCAUUUAUUUUCUUUGUAAUCUGGUUAAGAAAGCCAAAGAAGAUUUCAUCUUCUAACUCUUCACCUGGGGAAAGCUCUACCCAAACAUUUGGGAAGCGGCACUUAAGGGUAUCUUAUGAAGAGCUAUUCAAAGCAACUGAUGGAUUUUCUACAGAUAACUUGAUUGGUUCCGGUAGUUCUGGGGCUGUGUAUAAAGGAAUUCUCAAUCAAGUUACUUUUGCAGUUAAGGUACUUAACAUUCAGCAACAAAGAGCUUCUAAGAGCUUCAUGACGGAAUGCAAUGCAAUGAGAAACAUCCUACAUCGCAAUCUCAUCAAGAUAAUAACUGCAUGCUCAAGCAUGGAUGUCAUGGGCAAUGAAUUCAAAGCAUUGGUAUUUGAGUUCAUGCCAAAUGGAAGCCUGGAAGAUUGGUUGCAUCCAGGAGAAGAGGGAAAUACUCGGCCUAGAAAAUUAAGCUUUCUUGAAAAGCUAAAUAUCGCCAUCGAUGUGGCUUCUGCAUUGCAGUAUCUUCAUCACCAAUGCCAUGUACCAAUUGUUCACUGCGAUUUGAAGCCCGGCAAUGUUCUUCUUGACAAUGAUAUGACUGCCCAUGUGAGUGAUUUCGGAAUCUCAAGGCUUCUGUCAAGGUCCACCAAAAAUUCAUUUCAGAACCAAUCAAGCUCGGUUGCACUAAAAGGAACUAUUGGGUAUGCUGCUCCAGAGUACGGCAUGGGCUUGAAGGUAUCAACUCAUGGAGAUGUUUACAGCUAUGGUAUCCUGUUGUUGGAGAUGUUCACGGGAAGGAGACCCACCGAUGAAAUAUUUAAAGAUGUCCUCAACCUUCAUAACUUUUGUAAAGCUGCUCUGCCAGAGAAAGUAAUGGAGAUUGCAGGCCCAUUAUUUCUAUACGAGGAAGAAGCAGAACAAAUUGGAAGUGUAGAAGUACCUUGUAGUAAUGAAUUGUUGAAUGGUCUAGAAGAGAAAAUCCAGAAGUGCCUCAUUUCUGUAAUUGGAAUAGGGGUUGCGUGUUCUGCAGAGUCCCCAAGAGAAAGAAUGGACAUGAAUGAAGUCACAAGGGAGAUGCAUCUGAUCAGAGAUAUCUUUCUUGGCUCUGGGAACCACAGAUAUCACGGACUGAUGCAUCCAUCCAGUUUGCUCAUUGUUUUAAUUUCAUAGAAGAAAACCAUUAAGAGCUGGAGAAGAGGAGAAACUGGACUUUGGGCAGCCAUGACGGAGAACAUUAGCAACCUUUAAGCUGAAUUAGUUGUUCGGUGAGGAGUUUUCUUUCCCUUUUGGGUGUAAAUGGACUGGAACGGGGUCUGAGAUCUUUUCUAUUUCAUGUAAUGAUAUUGUAGUUAGAUGGAGUAAGCUCUACUGUAAUUUAUUUUCAGAAGAAUACAAAUUAUUACUUUAGAAGCAAAUAUAUUAAGGGGAAAAGGCAA